UUUGAACCAUUCGACGUCAUCGUUGUGAGCGGGACAGCCUGUGCUUCCAGUGGGUGGCAAAUCUUCUCAGACCUAUUUUCUACCACGCCACAGGGUCAUUGUAGGUCGCCUCAUGGCUACGGAUGCUGUUGCCCAGCUGGCCGACUCCCUGGCCAAGACUCAGGUGGUAGUGGGGGAGCUGAGCUACAAGGGCAAAGGACUCAAGCUGGACAAUGCAGAAUCAGUUGCUGAAAUUGUCAAGGACAUCAAGGAGUUCCAGGGCCUUCAGGCUCUGCGGUUGGAGGGGAACACGAUUGGGGUGGAGGCUGCAAAGGCCAUUGCAAAAGCCUUAGAAGACAAGAGUGACUUUCAGUUCUGUUACUGGAGUGACAUGUUCACGGGUCGCCUGCGCUCCGAGAUCCCUCCAGCCCUGAAUUCCUUGGGUGAUGCCAUCAUGAUGUCUGGCGCACGGCUGCGGGUGUUGGACCUGAGUGACAACGCGUUCGGGCCGGACGGGGUGAAGGGCAUAGAGAAACUGCUGAAGAGCACAGCAUGCCACACGCUGCAGGAGCUGAGGCUCAACAACUGCGGCAUGGGCAUCGGCGGAGGAAAGAUCCUGGCAGCAGCACUGACAGAGUGCCACAAGCAGUCAAGUGCAGCCGGCGCCCCCCUCAGUCUGAAGGUGUUCAUUGCAGGCAGGAACCGACUGGAGAAUGAUGGAGCCACAGCUCUUGCCCAGGCCUUCCAGCUAAUGGGCAGCCUGGAGGAGAUCCAUAUUCCUCAGAAUGGCAUCAACCACCCAGGCGUCACGGCCAUGGCCAACGCCCUGCAGCACAACCCCCAGCUGCGCGUCAUCAACUUCAACGAUAACACCUUCACCAAGAAGGGAGCCAUCGCCAUGGCACAGGCGCUGAGGCACCUGCGUAAUGUCCAGGUGAUCAACUUUGGAGACUGCCUAGUGCGCUCAGAGGGAGCUCUGGCCAUUUCUGACACUCUUGUGGAGGGCUUACCCAUUCUCAAGGAGCUGAAUUUGUCAUUUGGUGAGAUCACAGAGGAUGCAGCUUUGACAGUGGCACGUGCACUUCAGGACAAGGCACAACUGGAAAAACUGGAUCUCAACGGUAACUGUCUGGGUGAGGAGGGCUGCAGCACUCUGAAGGAGACGAUGGAGAACAUGAAUAUGGGAGACCUGCUGGGCUCGCUCAGUGAUGACGAGGGGGAGCCUGAGGAUGAUGAUGAGGACGAUGAUGAUGAUGAUGAAGACGACGAGGAUGAUGAUGAGGAAGUUGGAGAAGAGGAGGAGGAGGAGGAGGAAGAGGAGGAGAACCAGAUAAAGCCGAUGACCCCUCCUCCAUCAGAGGCGCGUCCUCCUGAUGUCUCGUCCUUCCUGAGUUUCCCCUCGCCAGACAAGCUGCUCCGCCUGGGGGCCAAGAGGGCAGUGCUCAUUGAACAGCAGGUGGAUGUGAAUGAUGCAGCUAAGACAGCAGAGGCCUUCCUGAAGGUCUCAUCCGUUUACAAAGACCAGGAUGAAGAGGUGAAGAGAGCGGUACUUGACAGCGUAGAUGCCAUCCUGAAGAAAGCCUUCUCCAGUGACUCCUUCAGCACCUUCCACUUCAUCUCCUCUCUGCUCAUCAUGCUGGGCCUGCUCAAGAGUGAGGAGAAGGUGAAGCCGAUGCGCGUGGUGGCGGGUCAUCUGCAGGCUAUUGAGCACGCCGUGCAGCAGGACUACUUCCCCCAGGAGCACAUCGCCGUGCUAGAUGCCUUCAUGUCACGACACAGUCGGGCAUGUGAGUCGUGUGCUGGAGCCCGAGACAGUCUGAAGUCCACCCUGCAGAGGAUCAGACCUGAGUGCUAGAGGGUCACCAUCAUUAUCACUCUACCUACAGUGUCCCUCAAACUCAGACUGUAACACAAAGACCUCACCCAUAACACUCCCAGACCAACCACACACACACACACACACACACACACACACACACACACACACACUCCCACACUCCCCAGCCUCCCCCUUGUGCCACAACAUGGAGAGAAGAGUCGAGACACGCAGGAUAACCCAGAAACUUUGUCUCAGCUCCUAUGGAAGACAGUAGGGCAUGUCAUCACAUAUCAUGGGCACGGUACCGUACGGUACGCCAGACAGGGUGGGAGCUGUGUGUCCUCAUGGCACUUCUCUGGACUGAUUCAUUCCAAGACUGAACACUUACAGAUGGCAGCAUGUGAUCGUUGGAGGCACUUUUUAAAAAGAAAAAAAAAGAAAUGGACAAGACCACACUUUUAAGGAAAAUAAUUACAAAUAUGAAUAAUGUAAUAAACUGUAUUAAAAUGUGAUAUUAAAAUUGUAAACAUUUCUUCUUAUGGAAAUGGCAAACAAGAAGGCAUUGAAUAAUAUGCAUUGAGUGGUUUACAUUUCAUGUGGUGCAAAUGAUAGUAGCAUAUAGACCACAUGUCUAGGCCAUCUGAAGAUGAAUGAACAGAUGAAGUCAGAGGACUGAACUUCACUUUUCAAUUUGAUGGCUAGAUUGGACUCCAUGACUGUGCCCAAUACAGAGUAGUGCUAUUCUGGCCUGUUAAAAAAAGACUUGUUUCCUGGUCAAUUGGACAUGACUCUGUGCAUAACAAAACUUUGGUGAUGAAAGUAUUUACAUUAGGAAAAAAAAGAUUGCAAUUGUGUUUACCUUAAUGCUAUAAUCUGUAUGGGAUAAAAAGCACAUGUUACAAAGGCGAUGGAUUAUUGUCAGUUCACAUUGUACAAAGAACGGGUCAGUAAAGUAAUAUUGAAUAUUCUCA